AUGGGUCAUGUGGCUUGGGUUUUUCUUAUUGCAAAGGAUUUUGGAGCUCGGCCUGCCUACUUGUUUGCUAUUUUCCACCCAGAAAGGGUAUUGGGAGUAGUAACCAUGGGAGUGCCACAUAUCCCCCCAGGACCCUCUACAUACCACAAGUAUCUUCCUGAAGGCUUCUACAUUUCAAGAUGGCAGCCUGGACGUGCAGAAUCUGAUUUUGGGCGCUUUGAUGCUAAAACAGUCGUGAGGAACAUUUACAUCCUCUUUUCCAAAAGUGAAAUACCAAUAGCUGCUGAGAAUCAGGAGAUCAUGGAUUUGGUGGACCCAUCUACUCCUCUGCCCCCUUGGUUCACUGAGGAGAAUCUUGCAGCUUAUGGAGCUUUGUAUGAGAAAUCUGGAUUCCGAACUGCAUUACAAGUUCCAUACAGAUCAUUUGGUGAAGACCUCAAGUUGCCCGAUCCAACUGUUAAAGUUCCAGCACUUCUUAUAAUGGGGGUUAAGGACUAUGUCCUCAAAUUUCCAGGCAUAGAAGACCACGUAAAGAGUGGAAAGGUGAAAGAGCUCGUCCCUGAUUUGGAGAUCAUAUAUUUGCCUGAAGGAACCCAUUUUGUUCAUGAGCAGUCACCUGACGAGGUGAAUCAGCUAAUACUCUCCUUCCUUGGCAAGCAUGUUUGA